AAAAAAGAGUCCGGGACACAGAUGAAUGAUUUGACAGUCCAAGUGAUAUAAACUUGGUAGGUCGAGAUGAGAGCUGCGUCAGGACGCGUGUAAUUCUCCUCGCACAAUCGAAUUGUCGAUCAUGCCUCUGCUACAAUCUCUCCUGACAGCGACAAACUUCCGCAAUCCUUUCUUGCGGAAUCUCAUACCCUCUGUUAGCCUUGCUUUUGGGAUCCAAGCAGGAGUUGCCGCUCCAUCUAUACUGGCAGGAUCGGAGAGGUUCUACGACCUGUCCGGCUCCCUGACCUAUCUCUCGUGCACGGCAUUGAGCUUAUAUCUCCCUGCUCUGCGCGCUCGAACGGCGGCCGCAUUAGCAGGGCAGACAAAGCCAGCCUGGCUUAGCCUUCUCAAUGCUCUCCAGGGGACAGGAGGCCCAUAUGGCUUCAACUGGAGGCAGGUGUUUCUAAGCGCUGCAGUCAGCUUCUGGGCGUCUCGCCUCGGCACCUACCUCUUCACGCGCAUCCUCUCUGACGGUGAGGAUUCCCGUUUCAAGGACAUCCGCAACUCACCCCCCAAGUUCGCAGUCGCCUUUUUUGCUCAGGCAACCUGGGUGUCCCUCUGCUUGCUGCCAGUGCUUGCGGUAAACUCAUUACCUGCGUCCACUUUCGCUGCCUUAGGAGGCGCGAUUUCAAUUACAGACAUCAUCGGCAUCCUGCUUUAUGUUGGUGGCAUGAGUUUCGAGAUGACGGCGGAUAGACAGAAGAGCAAGUGGUCGCAAGAAAAGAAAGAGAAGAAACAUGACGAGGACUUUCUGACCCGAGGGUUGUGGAGCAAGAGUCGACAUCCCAACUACUUUGGUGAGAGUACAUUGUGGACAGGGAUUGCAACACUGUCACUUGGUGUUCUUGCAUCAAAUGCCGGCGUUGCUGGAAUGGGGCUUGCCGGCGGUGUGGCAGGGAAAGCUAUUGCUCUCCUAAGCGCCGGCGUCAGUCCUGCGUUUGUGACGUUCUUGCUUUUCAAGGUGUCGGGCAUACCUCUGAGCGAAACCAAGUACGACAAGAAGUACGGAGAUCGAGCGGACUAUCAGAAGUGGAAGAAAGAGACCCCUAUGUUCUUUCCAAAGUUGUGAAAGAUCGAGAGAUAUCGGACUAGCCUGAAUCAAGAUACAGACAACCACUUCUCUAUCCCAGAUCACCGUCUUUUCAAACUCGAUCUGAACCUAUUCAAGCGUGCAGCCAGCUGAUCGAACCCUCGCUGCUGUGAUGACCCAUGCUUUUCAUGGUUCUCCGUCGGACAU